CUCUCAGCUUAGAAAGAAAGAAAAAAAAAAAAUGAAAGCCUCUCAUUGAGUUAUAGUGGUCAUCAGGCUGAAAAUCAAUGACUUGUAAUAGUGCUGGUAGAUUUUGUUUGUCUCUCAUAGAAAAUGAUAGAGUAGUAUCCAAAAACUCCAAGAACUUCAAUCAAAUUCUGUCACAUUCCAUUGCUUCAGGUCUCUUCCAAGACCCAUUUGUAUCAAGCAAACUCCUGCUUCUCUCUCUUUCUCUUUCUCACUCCAAUGCCAGCAAUCUCCACUUCCCUCACACCCUUUUCUCUCAAAUUCAGAACCCCAAUAUCUUCGCCUGGAAUUUCAUGUUCAAAGCUUACUCACACAGUAACACUAGCACUAACACUACUUCCUCACCACAACAAUGCAUCUCUCUUUACAAUCUCAUGCGCCGCCGUUUCGGGCUUUUCCCGGACCACCAUUCUUUCCCUUUCAUCUUCAAAGCUUGUGCCCGUCUCUCACUUUCCCACAAAGGUCAAGAGCUUCACUCCCUCACGUUCAAACUCGGUCUCCAACACGAUGUCUUCGUCCAAAACGCUUUGCUUUCCAUGUACUCCUUCUGCGGCUUGCUUCACAAUGCUCGCCAAGUGUUCGAUGAAAUACCACUCUCUGUUCGCGAUGUGGUGUCUUGGAACAGUAUGGUUUCUGGGUAUAUACAAGGACGUUGUUAUUGGGAUGCCUUGAAGGUGUUUGAUGAAAUGCUUAAGUGUGAUGUUAAUGCAAGGCCGGACGAGGUUACUCUUAUCAAUGCUCUCACCGCUUGUGCAAGGAUUGGAUUUCUCAACAUGGGUCGUAAAAUUCAUGGAUUACUUGUACGAAAUGAAUUUGUUUUAGAUGUGAUACUAGGUUCCUCCUUAGUAGACAUGUAUGCGAAAUGUGGGCAAAUGGAACAUGCUAGAAAGGUGUUUGAUACAAUUCCGGACAAAAACGUAGUUUGUUGGACUUGUUUGAUUGCCGGUUAUGCACAUUCGCAUUUGUUCAAGGAAUCCAUUGAAUUGUUCAGGGAAAUGCAGGCACGCGGAGUUACAGCAGAUGCUGCUACCAUUGCUUGCGUGAUUUCUUCAUGUGGGCAUUCUGGUGCCUUGGAUCAGGGAAGGUGGGUGCACACUCACUGUGAAAGGUCAGGCAUUCACUUCAAUCUCUCUGUCAAGAAUGCUUUGAUUGAUAUGUAUUCUAAAUGCGGAGAUAUCCAACGUGCCCUCAAGAUUUUUCAUGCUUUGAAUUUGACCGAGAGAGACGUGUUUUCUUGGACUGCUAUGAUUACUGGGCUUGCCAUGAAUGGGCAGUCUGAUGAAGCAUUGAACUUGUUUUCACAAAUGGAAAUGUCAGGUGGUAUUGUUAGGCCAAAUGAGGUUACAUUUCUAGGAGUCUUGUCUGCUUGUAGCCAUGCUGGACUUGUAGAUAAAGGGUUUCACUAUUUCAAUAACAUGACUCAAAGCUACAAUCUCAAGCCUCGUAUUGAACAUUAUGGUUGCAUGGUUGAUCUUCUCGGCCGCACUAACCUCUUGGCUGAGGCAGAAAGGUUUAUCAGUGCAAUGCCCAUUCAACCUGAUGUUGUUAUAUGGCGAUCCUUGCUUUUUGCCUCUGGGAGUCAUGGGAAUAUCGAAUUGGCAGAGUUUUCAGCCAAGAGGAUUGAAGAAUUGGAGCCAAAAAAGUGUGGGGCACGUGUUUUAUUAUCCAAUGUAUAUGCUUCAGCAUCGAGGUGGUCUGAUGUAAAAAACAUGCGGAAAAGUAUGGCUCUUCAGAGAAUCCAAAAGCUUCCCGGAUGCUCUUUCAUUGAAAUAGACGGUGUAGUUCAUGAAUUCUUUGUUGCUGACGAUUCACAUUGUCAAAUGGAUUCUAUAUAUGAGACGAUUAUUCGAAUCAAUAAAGUUAUACAAGCUGAAGGUUUUGACCCAGAGAUCUAGGAUUGUCAUUCAGUGAAAUAAAACUUGAUUUAAAUUCUAGUAAACUUACUAAUCUUUGUAAUUAAAAGCUUAAAUGUAUGAAAUUCUUAAAUGCUAGUGAA